AUGGAAGAUGAGGAGGACGACGGGUUCGAGACCUUUUCAAGCGACGAAGACAUGGAUCCUGAAUUUGACGAGCAAGACUCGGUCUCGGAAGCUCUAGACGAGGAUUCGGAUUCACUGGAUGAAGAAAACGACGACCCACCGAUGUCGGUAGAGCAGUGGAAGGCCAAUCUAAAAGCAUGUCUCGACGGAGCUCCCGUCUCGAACGAGUUCCAAGUUGGUCUUGAGCGGUCUACUUAUCCCAAUCCGGGCCUGGAGAUCCUGGAUUCGAGCGAGCAGUGGCAUGGUCCUCUCCCGCUCCCGCCAACUGCCCGGGACGUGCGCGAGCUCAAAGACGCAAUCUUAACGACCACGACUACGAGCCUCAAAGUUCCUCACACCCGCUUCCGGAUCACCAACCUGAAGUGGGAGGAAUAUCUCCACGAGGUCACUACGGAAGUAUUCAAGUUCGGGCUCAAGGUGCUCGCCUGGCGCGCGGACGCCAAGCACGAAGGCUUUCCCCUCACCUCGGGGACCCGCCUCGUCCUCUCGUACGCCUUGGUCCGAGCAUGCCCGAGCAACCUCACCACCUCCGGCCACGGGUCCCCGGCCGUCUUCCGGGAUAUCCGACACUCCGAGAUCAACGACCUCCUGAAACGUUGGCCGGUCGAGGUAGACAAGGUGCUGUAUCCUCUCGAGCACGACUAUAGAUGGGGCAACGAUCGAAUCCUGCCCGGCAAUUUCCAGGGUCGCGACGACGCCUUGUUUCGGGCCUUGCGGUCCUUGCCGGAAAUCUCCCGCAACUUCUAUCUCCUCCUCGCCAAGGCUACCUGGAGCAGCAUUGGCUCGGGCAGGAGGCCAAUCCUUGCCCCCUGCGACCCCUUGGCGACAAUUCUCAGCGCCCGCGGCUUUCCCGAUCACGGCACAGAGCGCCACUCACGUCCUUGGGGCCAGAUCCACAAUUUGCAUCAGCAGAUGAUAGUCAUCAUUCCCAAGGCGUGCCUCGUGGACUUAAUGAAGCACCACGUCACGGGCCUCCGCCACAUCGUCAAACUCGUGGGCACCGACUCGGAGAGAAACCCCAGUGACAGCGCCCUGCGGCAGGUCGCCCUGACUGUCUUGGAAGAAGUCGUCCAGUACGUCGAAAAGAACUGGAGAGGCCACCACCCCUCCACUCUGACCCAGGUCAUGUUAUGGGCGAUCAAGCUAGACGACGAAGAGCUUUUUCAGCGAACCAUAAACGUCUAUUCUGAGGCGGAGCUGCCACCCGGGCCCCUGGCCAACGCUGUCGCCGGCCUAAUGCGGAAACGAACAAAGACUGACGCAGAGCUUGAUCCUGACUGGGAUAAGUGCGAUACCGAAUAUAUCUGCAAGAGAGGCGCUACUACUCGCCCUGUUCGAAAGAGACGGCCAUCCCGAAUAUCCCGAAUCCAAAAAUUCUUCGGCGUGCUCCUCCGGGAGGCAGGCUCAAAGCUGGUGGUGGCCCUCGACGAAAGCGACUUUUACGAGUUCUCCGUCGAGCCCGAGUCCCUCAAGCACGCGCACAUCGCCGUCCGCGGCGACGGCGACAAAGUCACCGUCCGAGGCCGCCAGCGCUCCAACCAAGUCAUGGAAGCCCUCCCGGACAGCGACUACUUCAUCCGCGUCCUCGACCAGCUCCUCGAAGUCCUCGAGCGCCACACCGUCGACCCCGUACCCGCCCCCGUCGUCGAGUUCGUGCACCAAAUGGACCCCAUCCUCGCCGACGAGUGGACGCGCCUGGGCUUCAUCGACCUCACCUCCGUCGAGGACCGCGAGGACCGCGAGGGCCGAAAGGAGCGCUUCGAGCACGUCCGCUCCUGCCUCCCCGCCGGCCUGUUCAAGAUUGACCACGUCCUCGUGCGCGGCUGCCACUACGCCCGCGUGCGCAAGCUCCUCGUCGACCGCGCCACCGAGCUGCGCGUGCACCGCGAGGAGAUGGCCGCCUUUGGGCGCCGCGCGGACCGCUACACGCGUCGUUACGUGCGCACGAUUCUCGGCGCGGAAACGUUUGACAAGCUCAAGGCGAAGCUGGAAUUUUCUCUGGGCCAGCGCGAGAGGCUGUACCGCGAGGAGGAGAGGGCGAGGGCUGCUGAGGAUGAGCGUCGGCGCCGAGCGUUUACAAGCUUAGACGUCUAG